GUCCCACACAGUUCCUCCGCCUCUUCGCGGGACUUUUGUCAUGUCCUGUCAUUAGUCUGUCACCUCCUGCACUCACUCAGACACACACUCUCGGUCUCUGUUCCAGGUUCCACGACUUCAGUGUGUGUUUGCGCCUCGGACUCAGAGACGCGCCAGGAUGUUCUACUUCCACUGCCCUCCCCAGCUGGACGCAGACUGCUGCCGCUCCAACACCUUGAAUUCCAGCGGCUUUGGCAACCACACCCCAGCGGAUUUUGACGAUGGAUUUCUGCGCAGGAAACAGCGGAGAAACAGAACUACGUUCACUUUACAACAGUUGGAGGCUCUGGAGGCGGUCUUCGCUCAGACCCACUACCCGGAUGUGUUCACCCGUGAAGAACUGGCCAUGAAGAUCAACCUGACCGAGGCCAGAGUACAGGUUUGGUUUCAGAACCGCAGAGCAAAGUGGAGGAAGACGGAGAGAGGGAGCAAUGACCCUGAAGGAGGGAAGGAGCAGAUGAGUGAGGGCACUCCUUCUCGCAGCAUCAACUCUCAGUCCCCCGUGGACCAGAACAGGAAACAGAAAGAACCACUGGAGAUGCAGCAGAGUAUCAACAGGACAGUGGGUCCUGGUGGUCCCUUCUUUCCAUCCUGCCUUCCAGGGAGUUUGCUGAAUUCUGCCACCUACGCCCAGGCUCUCUCACAGGUCGCCACGCUCAAAGGUAAUGGUCUCUGCUCCUGCUGCGUUUCUGACCCCAUGGGUUUAUCCUUCCUGCCACCCUACGGUUGUCAGGGCAACCGUACAGCCAGUGUUGCUGCCCUGCGGAUGAAGGCUCGCGAGCACUCCGAGGCCGUGCUGCAGUCGGCCAACCUGCUCGGAGCUGCAGCGGCUGCCGGGCCAGGAGCCGGCGUGGGAGUUCUGCCCGGAGUGGGUGUGGGAGGAGCUGGGCUGCCCAGGCCCACUGUGGCUCCUAACAUGGAGGUGCCUGGAACUGUGGGACGAACAGGGGGCACUUCAAGUCCUGGACCCGCUAACAAGGUCUCAGUCUUGGGCAAUAGUUCUGACAAACACCCACAAUGCCCCAAGGAUCCUUCAGAGAAAAAGUGAGGCCUUGAGGACACGGAUAUGGAUACUGCAAAUACUCCAAAUACUCUAAAUACUCCAAGGACGAAGCACAAAUGACUGGCCCCACACCCUGAGUGGUGGAAGACUCUGCUCAUGUUUCAUUGUAUGGAUGCAAACAAUAAAUAUCUAGUUGUCAGUGAAUUAUUAUUGUUUGUGAGGAAUACUGAAUAUUCGGGGGCUUUGUUUUCCCUCCCCUGAGAGCACAAGUGUAGUUUUGGAUGUACAGUAUAUAUUUGUCAUCAUGCACUGCUGUUGGACUCGUUGCUGUUGAUGCAACACAGAUGCAAAAAUGACCGGUUUGAUAAUGUGAAUACAAAAAAAAAAAAAAAAAAAUCCAUUACAGGUCUUCAUGUUUGCUCACCAAGGACAAACGUUUACAAUGUGAAUGUUAAUGCAUGUCUACUGCAAGUGUAGAAGUGAAGGCAGCGCAGUGUGGACUCUGCAGCAAUAUGACGUUCCCAUCAGAUCAGUGACAGGCUCCAAUAUUCCACUCUCAUCUUUGUGUGUUUGUGUUUGAAGUGAACGUGCACUUUAAGAUUUAAGACAUUUUUCAG